CUAAAGGAGUACAAAAAGUAGUAGUCAGAAAGAACCUUACUCAUGAUAUGUAUGAAGAUUGUUUAAAAUCUCGAAAAGAGACUAUGAUAACAAUGCAUCGAUUGGGAAGUAAAGAUCAUAUUAUCAGACUUCUUCGUUCAUCAAAAAUUGAACGUAACAAAAAGCGAUCAACUAAUACUAAACUACAUAAAGAUACCCCCAUUAUGAUCGAUGUAAUAGGAUUAUAUAUAAAUCUUAUUUAUUUGAGAUUAAAAGCAGUCGAGUCUGAGUUAAGAGAUAGAAAGGCAAAAUGUAAGUGUGAAUUACCAGAAUUUGAGACCGAUAAUAGCGAUACAUCAGAUGAGAUGGAAUCUCGAAGCUUUGCUUCCUUAAAUUGUUCUGAUAUUUUACCCAAUAUUGUUUCAGUAAAAAAGAUACAUGACGAAACUUUGCCAAGUUCAUCAGAGGAACGUAUCGACACUGCUAACAUUUCCCAACUAAAAGCACUUUCAUUAAAUUUUUUGCAGAAUAUCUCUGAAAUAUUCAACGAAGAGGAAGUUCCAAAACUUAAAAAAGCAUCUCAGCAAAGUUCCGAUACUGUAGAUAAUGAUGACGACGAUGAUGGGGGGUUGGAGAAAAUGAUAAAACUAAGAUUGAUUGUAGACGAAUCUUCAGAAAAAACAAAGCAAGUUAUUACAGAGGAACGUGAGACAAGUCCUAUAGCAAGUGAAAUUAUCGGUGAUAACCAAAAUGGCGAAAUCAGCACAGCUGAAAAAGGUAUGACUAACGUGAUGCAAGUUAAUUCUACUUCUUCAUCUCGACAUUCAUCUCC